AAGCGACGGUCACACUGUACGAGAUACCUGGAAAGUUCGCAAGUUUUUUUCGUUCUGAUAAAUAAUCAAUUGUCAAAAUGGUUAAAGCCGUCUGCGUAAUUAAUGGUGAUGCCAAGGGCACUGUUUUUUUCGAACAGCAGAGCAGUGAGACCCCUGUGACGGUCACCGGCGAGGUUUGCGGUUUGGCCAAAGGCCUGCACGGAUUCCAUGUUCACGAGUUCGGAGACAACACCAACGGUUGCAUGUCGUCCGGGCCGCACUUUAAUCCGUACAGCAAGGAGCACGGUGCACCCACCGACGAGAAUCGCCAUCUGGGCGACCUGGGCAACAUCGAGGCCACCGGCGACUGUCCCACGAAGGUGAACAUCACCGACUCGAAGAUCACGCUCUUCGGCGCCGACAGCAUCAUCGGACGCACCGUGGUGGUCCACGCCGAUGCCGAUGAUCUCGGCAAGGGUGGACACGAGCUGAGCAAGUCCACGGGCAACGCUGGUGCCCGCAUCGGCUGCGGCGUCAUUGGCAUUGCCAAGAUCUAAUCCAAUAAUCUAUUCCGAAGUCGUCGGCCCCUGUGCUGAGCAACUCUAUUUAGCGCUACACACUGGAGAUAUGCAAACUAUACAUUUCUACAUAUACAUAUAUAGCCUGUGGUCUGUUAGGUUUAUACACAACCUCUGAGGUUAAAUAAAUUGGUGUUUUCAAAUUGGCCUAUAACCUAAAA